AUGCAUUUUACAAACGAUGCAGUUCAGAGGUUCGUGGAGUUUCCCACGUAUACAGAGGUGAAUCCAGGUGAAGAUGCACUGCUUAAGUGCAGAAUAUCAGAUAAGAAGGGCGUGUGCUCUUGGCAGAAGGAUAAUAAGGUAUGGUAUCUAUCACAAAACAAUAUUGCAUUGAGCUUUGAGGCUGAAAAAAAACCGGACAUUGGUAAAAUAUAA